UGUACCGACUGUUGUGCGUAUAAAAUACUCGCGCUUUAUAUCAGUCAUAUUUAACUAUGAGUGGACCACAAAAUGUGUAUAACUUUUGAACGUAUAUUUAACACUGGCAGAUGCGUGUGAAGUUCUUUAACUUAGGGUGUGACUAAACUAUAAAGGCGGUACUAAGGGUUUAAACUCUUUUACAAUUUAAACUGAGUGAAGAGGUUUAAGACGAAAAAAAUUAAAGAAGUUAAGCAUUUAAUCUGUAUUGAUAUUAUUUUGGAAAUAAUGGGGACGAUCAAAGCUGAAUGUUUGUAAAAAAAUAUAAAGGAAAAAAAAGGAAUAUGUUACAAUUUAAAAAGAAAAAUAAGGUGAAUUUGAUUUGGAAUUUCUUAUGAUAAAUUAAUAAAAUAAAUAUGAUAUUAUGAAAAUAUAAUCUAAUAUAAAUAAAUAUAGUGAUUUAAGGUAAAACGUUUCAAAAUCAAAAUAGUACCAAAUUAAGCCUAGCAAAAUUAUUUGUGAUUAUUGCAGUUGGUUAAAAUGGAAAUAAUUCUAUGGAAUACGAAAAGGUCAAUUCUCAGACUUUUAAUCAAAAUGUGGACGUAAAUCAUACAGUACUGAGCUGGAACCUGACAAAUUGCUUCCAAUUUGUAGACAAAAACUGGAUUUACUCUCCUAAUGUAAUUCGCUGGCAGGGAAAAAAAUCUACGGAAGCAAAAUGACAUUUGGUUGUGUGUCUUAAGAUAAACCGUAUUAAGAAAAUGACUGUCGUUGUGAUGUUUUUAUGGAUAUACGCGGCUUGUGUAACAGUUAUGGCAUAUUGCUACUCAAUUAACGAUCAUAGAAGUUCAAACGAUAUCAACUUGGAUUUUGAGCCGUUAGAACGUCUUGGACAGACGGACACUUUGAUUAAAGCGCUGAAGGAUAUAGCACAGAGUUCACACGAUUGUGGAGUACGAGAUGUUCCGAAAUUACGGCGUAAAUUCCUUACGAAUGAAACCGUCACGUGCAAUGACGGAUCACCUGCAGGGUACUUCAUUCGAAAAUCAUAUGGAAGCAAAAAGUGGAUUAUUUUUCUCGAAGGGGGAUGGUACUGUUUUGAUGAUGUCAGUUGUCAAAUGAGAUGGGCUAGCAAUAUGAAGAAAUUUAUGAGUUCAAAAGGCUGGCCAAAGAAAAGAAAAGUUACAGGAAUAUUAUCCUGGAACCCAGAAGAAAACCCAUAUUACUUUCAUUCCAACAUUGUAUAUAUUCCAUACUGUUCAAGUGACACAUGGAGUGGCACUGCACCUAAAGGAACCAAUGGAAAUGAAUUUGCUUUCAUGGGUUCCCUUAUAUUAGAAGAAGUGAUCAAAGAUCUCAUUCCACGUGGGUUAAAACACGCCACGAAAUUAAUACUCACUGGCAGCAGCGCGGGUGGUACGGGUGUACUUAUAAAUUUAGAUCGAGUAGCCAAUCAGAUGGCAGAACUUGCACCGGAAGUUGAGGUGCGUGGUAUAGCAGACUCAGGCUGGUUCCUGGACUAUCCUCAAUACAGAUAUAAAGACUGUGUGGAGGCACUGUCAUGCGCACCAACGGAUGGAAUAAAACGGGGAAUCAAAAUGUGGAGAGGACGGGUACCAGACACGUGUAUGGCAGAAUACACAGAGUCUGAGCAUUGGAGAUGUUACUUUGGUUACAGACUCUACAGAACACUUAAAAAUCCACUCUAUGUAAUACAGCAUUUGUUUGACGAAGCUCAAAUUCUAGUGGACAACGUGUUCGAACAGACUCAGAUCAAGGGAGACAACACUGCCGCAACUGUAACCAAAUCUCAGUGGGAGUAUCUUCAUAAACUUGGUCAGGAAGUUAGAAAAACGUUGGAUAAUGUAUCAGCAGUGUUUGCACCGUCCUGUUUGUCACAUGAGAUACUAACGAGAUACGACUGGUUCAACGUCAGCAUCAACAGUAUUAAACUUGGGCAAUCAAUCUAUUGUUGGGAAAACAGUUAUAAAUAUGAUAAAUGUUUAAUGACCACGGCUUCAGGGAAUGCAUUAGAAGCAUUAAGUGACACAUUACAAGGUGAUUCACCGAAGACAAAUGAUUCAAAAGCAACACGAAGAAGGAGAAGGAAGAGGAAAAAUAAGAAGAAAAAGAAGAAGAAAAGGGAAAGAAAACGAGACAAUAGGGCGAACUCUAAAAGUAGGAAAGGCAAAAAUAAAAAGAGAAGACGAAGAAAGAGUAGACAUCGGCGUCAUCAGCACCCAAGCGGAAGUUGUUUUCAUCAUCUUAUUGACUCGUGUCCUCUUCCACAGUGCAACGCAUCAUGUCCUAAAUAUAGAAACAGGUUUACUGGAGAUGAAAUGGAUUUCUUCCGAAUGUUUAUACGUUAUGGAAUAGAUAAGAAGGAUAUUGCGUCUCUGCUGGGUAAAGAUGUGUCUGUUGUUCAAAGAAUGGAUGACAGUACCCUUACAAGACUUAUUAUGGAUUUUGUAGGAAGAGGGCGAUAAUCGUGUAGAAAAACAAAUGGUGUUCGAUUGUAAGGGAGAGAACUGAGUACAACCAAAGAUGAAACUAUCACACAAUCUUCAUGGAAGUAUCGCGAAUGUAAUUAAAGAAGGUGGAUAAACAGGUCAGACGUUUUGACUAGAGUGUACCAUUUGGUUGUUAAAAGGAAAGUACAUGACUAUGAAAGUUCCAUGACAAUUUAAAUAUUACCUCAAACUUAUUUGUCGUAAUUGACAUUUGCACAUGCAGCUUCAAGACGUUAUGUUGUCACAACUACGUGAUGGUAUAUACCUAUUAUAUGUAAAUACUGUACAGUUAACUGUUUAAGAUCAAAUUUCUCAUAAUGAGAGGGAUAUUGUUAAAUGCAGGUAACUGCUUAUGAUAAAUUAUCCCUUACAAAUUUGUAAUGUCUGUAAUUGCAGGUAAAUGCUUAUGAUACAUUAUACCGUAUCUUACAAAAUGGGAUGUCUGUAAAUCCAGGCAACUGUUUAUUAUGAAAAUAUCUCUGACGAAUUUUGAUAUCUGCAAAUUCCACUAGUUAACUGCUUAUGAUCAGUUAUUAUCUUUAAUUGGAAUAUAUACAAAUGCUGUUAACCUGCAUAUUAACAACUGUCUCUGGUACAAUAUAAUAUCUGCAAAUGUUUAUGAUCAAUUAUCUCUUAUAAAAUGGGAUAUAUAAAAUGUAAGUUUAGAUAUCUGCUUAUGAUUAAUUAUUUCAGAAUGCAUAUAAAUAUAUAAGGGAUAAGGUCAGUUAUUCGGUCAAAAUAUGAUUAAGAUUGUAGUCAAAGGUAAACAAAUUUUCGUGCAUUAAUAACACUAUUUCACUUUGGGUAGAAUACAUUCUGCAUAAAAUGAAGCGCAUUUUUUCAUGGUUUUAUUCCAACGACAGCAAGUUUUGGGGACCAAAAACAAGAAUUAAAAGCUUAUAUGGAUUUGAGUGUAUCUGUGCUACACACCGGGCACGUUAAAGAAUCAGACUGUCUAUAUUUAGCUUGGCAUAGUUUAUCUCUCUCUCUUUAUCUCUCUCUCUCUCUGUUCUGGGGACUUGUUUCGCUCUGUCCCUCUGGUCAGAUUGCUCUGUGUCUAUAUCAUUAGAGGAUUAACGCGAUAAAUGUGUUUUUCUUCAUAUAUUGAACACACUAAGCAGGUUAUUUAUAAUAACUGUCUACAGAUUACUCAAAAUCGAGUUAGAACUGAAAAUUACCAACAAAAAAAAACACUUUCUUGAUCAUUUUUUAAAAUUGGAGGUGUGCCCCUUUAACAACUGUCUUUCAGGAGCGUUUUUUUUAGUUAUGUCGGACAAAUUUACUUUACAACAGCAUUAUUUUAUGAAGGGUUAAUAUGUGAAAGGGUAAUUUAUGAUCAUUUUAUAUAUUUCCUUUGGGUAUGGUUCAAUUUUAUUCUGGAUUUGAUAUUUUUAAUUCAUAUGACUUUUUUAAGACAUAUUAUAACUCGAAAGCUGACCAGUAAUUUAAUAAACAGUAACAUAUAAGUAUAUGCAAGUUCUUUAUAAUUAGUCAAUUUGCAUGUUAAAGUAUUUGCAGGAAAAUAAAAAUUCCGUUUAAGCGUCAUCACUGUUUAUUGAAAAUGUUUCCUGGUUGCAUUCAGGUCUGAACUUUUUUGAUGGGGAUAUACUGUUGCCCAAUAUGUUUGUCAAAUAUAAAUGAAUUCGGCAGUUUAUCAAAAGAAAGUAGAAAAUAGCCCAGAGAAUUUUUGUUUUGAUAAUGGCUUGACGUUUGACGUAAUACCUCGAGUAAUCUACUGUUUUACAUCAAGCAAAUAAAAACAAAUAACUAUUUUACUGGUCCUUGCUUUUUCAUCAAUUUUUAUAAACUCAACAGCACUGCUGCCGAGAUAUUAACUUUAUGUUGAUGAUGUAGAUUUUACUUUGACGCCAACUCCUCGAUUUAACCUCUUGACCAUUUAGUCAUUUGUAUAUAUUCAGUUUUAUAUUAUACUUGACUGUCGCUUUAAAAUGGACCAUGUACAGCAAUUAAAGAAAUCGGACUCAUAUUGCAUGUGUGCAUUCAGAGUGUACUGUGAGCCGAUACCACGAUUUCUUACACAGUAUGACACCUUUACGUGAAAAAAAUGAUGUCAUUAAAAUGUGUGUCUUAGCGUGAAAAAUGUCACCUUUUUUCAGACUAAAGAAUACAGUGUAUUUCAUUUAUAAAUGUAUUUGCAUUUGUAAGAAAAAAUGAUUUUCUCUUUAUAUCUCUUUUGCGGAAUAAAGUCCUCUUUUGCGGAAUCAAGUCCUCUUUUGUGGAAUGAAGUCCUCUUUUGCGGGCAAUGUCUCCGCUAAAGAACACGUGGAUACUUCUCUAUAUAAAUUUAAUUAAACCUAAUGUGAAAGAUAUUUUAAAUAUAAUUAUUAUGAAAUAUUUAUCUUAGGAGGUACCCUAAAUAACAGGUCUUUCUGCAUGAUGGUCCAUUUUAACGUGACGUGUCACGUGCAUUUGGUUGUGAUAACCGUGAAUAAAUUUCUUGAAGUUGUUAUGCAAGAAUAUUAUUUAAGACUCUGGCAAAAAAUAUUUGAUUUUCUUUUACGGGUAUUUUACAUAUGUAUAUUUUGUGUACAUAGUAAAAUUCUUUUAAGAAUAAACCAGUCGUGUU